CAAUACAAUGUGGAAGAGAGAGAUGGAGAUGUGAGGAGCGGACCCGCCAACCAUAUGCAAAAAGGCGUCGACGGUAUCUUCGUCCUCCAUUUCCAAUCCCUCCGGCGUAUCGCCGGCCUGGACCCGCUUGCCGUCGACGAAGAAUCGAAUCGUCGAGAAAUCCAAUUCUUCCAGCUUGCAGUAGCGGACGAGGGCCGUCUGGAUCGCUUCGUCCUUCCUGAUCGUGAAGUAGUGAUCGCGCUGGUACUCCAUCUGGACCUUUAUUCUUACGUAGCCGGGCUCUGUUUUCACUGCCGCGCCGCCGUACAUUGUUGAUUACCGAUUGCUCUAUUUCCUCCUCCUUCUUCCCGGCGAUGUCGAUGAUUGCUCAGAUCUGGGCAUGUAUAACUUUGAACCGGACGUGAAACUGAGCCUGAUCGCUCAGCAGCCUUUGGGCAGGUGAUCCCACCCCCUGAAUUUGCACGCAAGACCGAAGAGGGAGAGAAGAUGGGACGUGAAAUCGAGCCUGAUCGUGGCAGCGAUGCGGCGGCGGAGGCGCAGCUAGAAAUCAAUUUGAGAGUUAUCGGUCCAACCCCGCCCUUUCGCCUCGCCCUUCCGUCUUCCAUCAAAGUGCAUGAUUUAAGAAGAAUAGUUGCAAAACACCGCCAAUUGCCUAUUGAAGAUUUGAAGCUUGUUUUGCGAGGAAGUGUAUUGCAUGACAAACAAAAUGGGGAGGAUCUAACUAUUCAGUUCAAUGAUGGAGAUUCUUUGAUCAUUGCCGUAAAACCAAAGUCUCCUCCCAAACAUAAGUUCCAUCUACCCCAAUCAAGUAGUAGGUUUAAAAAGAAGCUUUUCUUUAUAUUACGGGAGAAAUUGAAGCUUCCAGAUAUUCUUUUGAUGGCAGUUUUCUCAAUCAGCUUGAAGAUCUGGGCUAUAAUUGUUAUCUGGUUUAUUCUAGCACCUAUUGCCCAUCGGUUUGGCAUUGGACCAUUAUAUAUACUUGGGACAGGGUUUGGAAUUGUGUUCUAUAAUCUUGGACAGCGGCAGCAUGGAGAGCUCAGUGCAUACUCUAUAUUCAACGAAGAUUUCAGAGAACUCCCCGGAACCCUAAACGCAGAUCGCAUUGACAGAGAUAUUCGGGCGGGUCAGUUUUGAAAGUCACAAAUUAAUGAUCUUUCACAAGAGAUUAGUGAGGGCUCUCAAAUUUGUGGGUGUAUCUUCUACACAUUUUUGUUACAUGCUUGUAGCUAUGGGGAAUGGUCUUCUCCUUUGUACAGUGUAGCAAUAUUUGUUCACGGUGUAUGAAAAUCAACAUUUGUUCGUAUUUUGAUGAUGAGAGAUUUAUAUGGUAUUUGUACAUGUCUUUCAAACCACUUAAGGAUGGAAAUUU